AGCUUGGGGCACUGGAUCAAGAGAGUGGAGCAAGCCUCUGAGUAUGCUAUCUCCAAAGCUUUUUCACUUCAACAUUCAAGGUACCCACAGGGGUCUUGUGGUCCUGUGAUGAGUUUGGAAACCAUGGAACAGCUGCAAGAUCGUGAUGAGGCCUGUGAGGAAGCCCAAGAGCUGCUCAGUAACUGGAUGAAGUCCAAACUGCAACUGGAGCUGAUGAGAGAUGGAGAAGAGGAAGUUGACUCUGUCCUCCUGGAAAAGCCUUCUGCAGCCCCUCUGAAGUGUGAGCGGUUUGAUGACUUGUGCAGCUAUCUGGAAAAUGAAUUGGAAAGUUCUUCUGUCCAAGAAUACCUACAGCAUCUUUUGCAGAGCGAAGCUGUGAACUGUGGGAUAGUGGAAAACCUUAGACUUCAAGACAUGAAGGAAAAACAAAAACUGGCAGAUCCACGAAUAAUCAUGGAGCUCAGACACAAGCAGGUGAAAGAAAACCGAAUGAGGCGUCAGAAGGCAUUAGAACUUCAGAGACAAGAAAAGUCCAUGAAGAAAUCAGUUCUAUCUGAGGCCAGGCUCCGAGCACAGGAGGAGGACAGAAGGAAGGCCUUGAAGGCCAAGAAGGAGGAGGAGGAGAUCCAGAGGGAAAUGGUAAAGCUGCGAAAGGAAAUGGCUGAGAAGAGGCAUACUAUCGCAGAAGCAUGGAGAACGGAGCGGAAUAGACAAGAAGAAAGUCAGAAGCUGUCAAUUCAGGAGAUACCUAUUACUGUGUCACCACCCCCGGUCCUGAAGAAAGAAGAGCAAGGAGAGGAGAAACAGAGAAAGGCUCAGGAGCUGCUGCGCAGGAUUCACACCAAUAAGCAGAGAUGCUUGCAACGACAUUUCUCUGCUUGGCUAAAAGUCAUUCUGGAGCAUAGAAUUAAAAUGGGAAAAGCCAGAGUUCUUGCUGACUGGAAAUGCCAACUGAAGGCCCUGCAAGCUUGGAGAAACUAUACUUGGGCCCAGAAAGUAGAGCAUGAGACACAGCAAUUGCAAGUUCAUCUACAAGAUCAAAACAGGAAAAAACAACUGUCUGCAGAGCAUAACCAGCGACGGCUUUUGCGCUGCUGCUUUCUGGCGUGGCAGCACUGGAGCCGAGCAGAGACAGAAAAGCGAGAGCUGCAGAACAAGAGGGAGGAGACAAAGAGAAAGAUGGCAGAGCUGCUGGAGGCAGUGUCACUGGGGAAGGGUGGUCUGGACAGGCCACUGGAGGUAAACAAGCGUGGGACAGCAGAAGUAAACCAUCAUCAAGAUUUGCAGCAGGACAAGCCAACUGAAACUCGCCUCAUACAGAAAGGACCUGACCAGACCAGAGACCACUCUUGUUGGGAUGCUGCGCUCACAUCUCAUUCCUGCAGAAAACCCAAAUUUGCCUGGGACAUUACCCUAAAAGAUGCAGCCCUGAGUACCCAGGACCAGGCUGUGUACAGGAAUCAAAUAGCCACUCUCCCCCAGGAGUUUCAGGCACCUGGUCCAAAGACAGCUCCUGCUUACGGUAGCCGUUUUGAGCACCGUCAUGCCUUCCAGCAACGCCUCAUUGAGGAGCAGAGGCAGCAGCUUCAGAAACAGCAAGAGCUGAUCCUUGAACUGCAGGAAAAGCAGAGGCUGAGCAGAGCUAAAGAAGAGGCGGCACAAGCCAUGUCUGUAACCCAGGGACUUAACAACUCUGCUUCACAAACUAGGGAGGAAAAACUGAAGAGGGAAAAACAACCCAAAUGCAAGAAUACAACGCAUUUGAUUCCACCUGUUUCUCAUGGGCCAGAAAACACAAGAGCAGUGAUGCAAGGCAAGAGGCCCUCCAGCCAGCUGACCUCAGCUCAUCCCAUACUGAAAGCUAUGGAGGAGAGAGCUGCUCAGCGGGCAGAACGGAGGAGGAAACUAGAAGAAGCCAAACAACAAAGAGAAGAGGAGAAACUGGCAGGAGAGAUGCACUCACAUACACAGGAGGCUGAAACUAGCCUUAGAGAACACUCUAACCAUAGAGUGGACAGACAAGCAUCAGGGCAGCAGAAGCUGAAAGAGCUGGAGAAGAAAAGGAGGUUGGAGAAAGAGCAGCAGCUCCAGAGAAAGGCCAGAGAUCAUUAUGAGAAGGUCCUGCUGAGAAAGGUGGGAAUGGUGCCAUGGAAAAGGCUGAGGGAGCAAGCCAAGGAAAACCUGGUGGUGGCACAAAGGCACCACUGCUUGGGCCUGCAGAGGAAAUGCCUGACAACAUGGCAUCAGCACACCCAGAGGAGCCUCAUGGAGAAGGUGUCUCAGGCUGAGGACUUCUAUUCCCAUAUGUUGCUGAGACGGGGCUUCAGGAACUGGCUAAAGUACAAGGAUUAUCUCUCCACUCUGGAGGAGAAAGUGAGUACCCUCCAUGCAGCCUGCCUCAUGAGGAUGUACUUCUGGGCAUGGUUUGAUCUGAUCAUGGAGGAAAAAAGUACCUUAUGGGAGAAGCUGAAGAUUGCUACUGAACACAGUAACAAGAGACUCAUGGUGAAUGCAUUCAAGGCCUGGAGGCGGUACCCAUUACUGAUGAAAAAGGAAAGAGAGAGAGAGGAAAGGAGAAAUCAGCUACGCAGGAGAGUAGCUGAAAUUCUCCCUGACUUCCAAACAUAA